GACUGACAUGGAACCCUCGGAAUUGCUCCGAGGCGCGGCGACGUCGGCGAAGAACCCAACCUGAACAUUUCAGCACCUACGCAAAUACAUUGAAAGCCCUUACUCGCCGUUAUUUAGACAAUCAACCUGCAUAUCACCACUGCAGCACCGAUUAUUCAUCCACAUAUGCACCUGUUAUGUGUAUAACCCCUCCUACCUAUCUAUGGCGCUGCCAGACUCGAUAUUGAUCGUUGGAGGAGGGGUAUUCGGAUUAUCCACUGCCCUGUCCCUCUCAGAACGCCAUCCAACCAAACAAAUAACCCUCCUCGAAGCAUCACCCACAAUCCCCAACCCGCACGGCUCCUCCGUCGACACCUCACGCAUUAUUCGCGCUGACUACGCAAACCCGGCGUACGCAGCUCUCGCAGCAUCGGCGAUCCGGAAAUGGCGUGCUACAGAAUGGGGCCAGGACGGGCGGUACACGGAGAAUGGGCUGGUGUUGGUCUAUUCAGACGGGAAUCGUGAUGCGGAGAAAUACACAAGAGACAGCUAUGAGAAUGUCAGGAGGUUGGAAGGGGAUGAGAAGGUGGUCUAUUUGCCGAAUAAGGCGGCCGUAGAAAAGAGCGUUCCGCGAUAUAUAGCAGGGAUGAAUGUUGCUGGGGGGUAUUUGAAUCGUGGAUCGGGAUGGGGGGAUGCUGAAGCUGGAGUGCGAUAUGCGAGACAGAUGCUGGAGGAAAAGGGGCGCAAUGUCACUAUCAAGCACGGGGAGGUGGAAAGGCUGAUAUUCGCAGACGGCAAUGGGGAGCGCAGAAUCACCGGCGUAAGCCUGAAGAGCAGCAAAGGAACGCCGACAAUAAUUACCGUGGAUCUCGUUAUCCUCGCGACAGGCGCUUGGACGCCUAACUUGAUCGAUCUUCGUGGCAUUGCCCAAGCCACGGGCCAGGUACUUGCCUAUAUCAAAAUCACGGACGAGGAGCAAGAGCAGCUGGCGGAUAUGCCCACGAUUCUCAGCUUCGCUACGGGUAUGUUUAUCAUCCCACCGCGAAACAAUGAACUCAAGAUCGCUCGUCAUGCGUACGGCUACUGGAACCCAAAGACUGUUACAUUGCCUCAACGCAAAGGCCGUGAGACGAUGGUGGUUAGUGUGCCAGAGAACGGCGUGCCUAUUCCCCCGGAAGGCGAGAAUGCCUGUCGACAAGCCCUGAGAGAAAUGCUGCCCGCAUUUGCCAACAGGCCUUUUACUCGAACCAGAGUUUGCUGGUAUACAGAUACACCACGAGGUGACUUCCUUAUUUCUUAUCAUCCAGAAUACUCGAACUUGUUCCUAGCCACAGGUGGCAGUGGCCACGGAUAUAAAUUCUUCCCUAUCCUGGGCGAUAAGAUUGUCGAUGCUUUGGAGGGAAAGCUGGACCCGGAGUUGAGGCAGCUGUGGCAAUGGCCUGAGGCGCAACACUCGCUUACCCCUGUGGUGACCAAAGAUGGUAGCCGAUCAGGAGCCAUGGGGUUGAAUUUGAUGGACGAACUGGCCAAGUCUCGCGUAGAGAGUCCAAAGUUAUGAGAUGUACGAAUUUAUUUGUUACGUAUAAUACAUAUGUGGUGCUAU